ACAUAAAAGACCCAAGCAGACAGCGCAACGGGAACCAACAAGAUAUCCAAGACAUACAGCACACGAAUAAGCAAUACCAGGAACGCCGCAUAUAGAGACGAGAGAUUCGAAAAAACUAGACACGAAGCAUGCCUCGCGAGUUUCGUAAACGAGGCCGUGGCGGAAACAAGCAAAAAGACGGGGAAGACUGCGAUGGAAAUCAAGUAGCCAAGCAGCCCAAACGGCCCAAAGUGACGACCCAAGAUGUGAUGGAAAUAGCCCAAGGAUCAGAGGAGGAUGAUACGCAAAACCAAGGAAGAUUCAAUGCGGAUAUUAAGGACCCAGAUGUGGCCGAUUUUCCACAGCUGACACCUGAUUUGAGAGCCUAUUGGAAAGAAAUCGACGAGAAACUGCAAGAGUUCGAACGGCUAGGUCUAGGCGCUUAUCACUCCCACUCGAACAAAGCCAAUCAAAAUGAUGAAGCGGAAGAUGACGACGAGGACGAGAGACAGCUGCUCUUGAGGUCGGCACUUACCGAGCUGGGAGGCCAUGAGCUGGCCCUGGCUAGCGACCCAGAAACAAGCAUCAUCCUCGAGCGGGUGAUCUAUAGUAUGGACGGCUUCGCUAAGAGAGUCUUGGCCGAUCGAUUCAUCGCCAGCUUCGUCGACCUCUGCAACCACCGACAUGGCUCCCAUGUACUCCAGACCCUAUUAUCUUCAUCUGCCGAUCUCUUGGACGAAGAAGCCCCACUCAAUCAGUCCAACUCGAAGAAGAAAGCACAGGAUGAUUCGGAACAAGACGAGAAUCUACCCCUGAUGAGUGACUUGCUCUCUCAGGCCUGCGAUGACAUUUUGCCACAUCUAGAUAGUAUAGUUUCCUCGCCAUCGGGAAGUCACGUAUUACUGGUGAUCCUUCGCCUAUGUUUUGGAAAACCGAUAGGAGAGGAGAAUGUACGGUCGAAGAAGUCGACCCAAUGGCGCUCCAAGCAAGGCUCUCUUCGCUCCGUCUUCCACGCCAAGCCAUCCUCCUCAUCCGAGCCCUCCUCAACUCCUCAACCCGCCCCUUCUACCCCCGCCGAUCCUCCUCGACGGGUCCCCAAAAAGCUGCGCCAAAAGGGCCAGUUAGUCUAUGCUCAGAUGAGGCGGAAUUGGAGCGACAAAAAUCGGCUAGGCGGCGUGCGCAGCAUCGCUAGUAACCCUUCGAUCGUCGUUCUACUCCAGCUUAUCAUAGAACUCGAGUUCGAUAGGGGAGAAGCCGAAGUUCCGGACUCGCUAACCGAUAUCAUCCUUGAUGGGCUCUUACAAACCUCCUUCAGUUCAGAGCGCUCAGAGUUUGUUGAAGUGAGUUUAAGAGAUGUGACUGCAUCAAGGGUCAUCGAGGGAAUCUUGAGUCGAUUAUCACCGGCCUUGUUUAGCCGGUUUCAUUCGGUCUAUCUGGUGGGUCGGAUGGGCCAUUUAUGCAACCAUCCGGUCGCCAAUUUCGUGAUCAGUAGGGCUGUCUCUCGGUUGGAUCUUGAAAACAUCCGGCCAGCGAUUGAGGAAUUCAGGCCGAAAUUGGUCGACUGUAUCGACAACUAUCGGAUUGGAUUCUUCAAAGCGCUUGUCGAAAGAUCGGCCACCUUCGAGGACACCGUCCACAAGGAAGUGAUCGAGAUGAUCUUGAAGGCCUUUGGGAUAGAUGGGGAAUCAGACUAUCGAUGGAUCUUUCCUUGCUUGAUCUCUCUGAUGAGGAUGGACUACUUUCGGAAGACAAAGAUGUUUAAUCUGCUGGAUUCGGCUGCCGAAGUCACCCUAGAGCAGGUCAAACUACCGGAAAGUAAUGUCCAAGGAUCGGUGCUCUUGCAAUCCAUUCUCCAAACCCUACCUCGCUCCCUGGACGCGAUAAUCACCAAAGGGCUAGCGCAGCUGCCCAUUGAAGUGAUCAUUGGAAUCUCGCGGGAUCCGAUUGGUUCGAGAGCAUUAGAUGCGCUCUUGAAGUCACCAUCGAUCACACCUUCCAUUCGUCGCCACUUCACGCUGCGUUUCCUCGGGAAUUUCCACCGCUUGGCAGACGAUCGGAUCGGCUCACAUGUCGCAGAAACUUUCUGGACGAUCUCGGACGUCUAUCUCAAGGAGAAAAUCGCGGCCAGUCUCGUCAAUCAGCAGAUCUUCUUGCAGAAAUCUUCCUUCGGUCAUUUCUUCCUCAAGAAACUCGAGCUGCCUCUCUUCGAACGUCAGCGUGAGGCUUGGAAAUCUAAAAUGCUCCUCAAGUUCCCUAGGCUUAUUCCUCCCUCUUCUGCUGUCAAGUCUUGAUUGUGCUUUUUAUUAUCCUCCUUUCGAUCAGACCUUUUUGACGACAUCAAGUAUAAUAUCAAAAGUUUGUUCUUGUCUCCGUACAAAGCUUAAGUUGACAUGAUGACGAUGCUUGGGAAAAACAAAAGGAAAAAAAGUUGUAUAAUUUUGGGUUUCCUUUUUUUUCAACUAGUAUUCUCAAUUUCAAUGAUUGCUUGAAUUUUUUUUUACUUGCUUGGUUGGAAAAUACAAACGGUCAUCGAUCCA